GAGAAGAGGAGCCUUGACCUAAGCAUGAUUGAAAGCGAGAUGAGCUUUUCUCAUUCUUUGGUGCUACUUCUUUGAUAUAUAAUUUAAUUUCUAAUCUUUUGAGACUUAACCGUCAGCGAGCAUUGUAAAUCCCGAUUGGUCAAAUUGCGCGAUGAGUCAGCGGCCAUCCUUAACAUCCUCAUUGUUGUAAAGUAAUCAUUCUGCAUGCCAAGGAAUAGAUAUGUACACUUAUAUCAUCAUCGCCUCCAUCGUCUAAGGAGGCUCUUUCCUGCUUGACUGCGGCCUAUGCUUUAUCCAUCAAUAUCGAAUUUACAAAAUUGAACGUAUAAUUCUCUCAAAAUAGUAUCAUAAUUGUGUGAUAUUACAAGAACUGGCUGAAAGCCAUGUCAAAAUUGCCACCUGUUCAGUUAGAUGAGGGGGCUCCAGACAUGUCCCCUACGACGUCAACCAUCACCUCAUCUUCGAAAUCACAACGUGUACUCGCUUGUCGGCGUUGUCAACAGAGAAAAAUAAAGUGUGAUCGCAGAGAACCGUGUUCCUCCUGCGUCAAGUCACGAGUACAAUGUAUACCAGCAACACAGUUUCCUCGUCAGCGACGACGCAGGUUUGCAGAACGAGAACUACUAGAUCGUCUUCGUAAGUACGAAGAUCUUCUACGCCAAAAUAAUAUCAAGUUCGAGCCACUUCACAAAGGAUCUCCUCGGACAGGAAGUCACAAUGAUUCCGAUGAUGAACAGCCAAAAGCGACUGCAAGCACAUCGUCUCCUUCGUCAACCACCAAUCCUGACAAAAUACACGGUGUUAUGAAUUUGUGGCACGCUAUGAAUCAAGAAUUUCGGGAACCUGACAAUAUCAGUGAUUCUGACGAUGACGAUGUGCGUGGAGGCGAUGUGAAAAGAGUAUGGGAUCAAGUAUCUGACAACGAUAAUUUUUUGUUUGGAUCGCGGAUAUCGAACGUUGAUAUCUCUACUUUUCAUCCCGAACCAGUUCAAAUAUUCCGACUUUGGCAGAUUUACCUGGAAAACAUUGAUCCAUUACUCAAGGUUACGCAUACUCCCAGUCUCCAGGCACUUAUCAUAGAAGCUGCUGGCAAUCUCCGGAAUAUUAAACCUCAGCUAGAAGCGUUAAUGUUCGGCAUUUAUUGCGUGGCAAUUUCGAGUCUUUCCUACGAAGAUUGCCAGCUUAUGUUUUACACGUCAAAGUCAGACCUCUUGACAAGAUACCAGUUUGGUUGUCAGCAGGGUCUAUUAAAUAGUGGUUUCUUACGGAAUAGAGAUGAUCGAGACACCUUGACUGCAUUGUUUUUCUACUUAAUGUCUUUCAGAACCAAAUCAGUCCCUCAAUCUUUGUCUUCUUUGUUGGCAAUUGCUGUUCGAAUUGCGCAACGUAUGGAUUGCCAUAACGAAUUUGCCUUAUCUAAACUCAAUCCUCUGGAGGCUGAAAUGCGUCGAAGACUUUGGUGGUCACUUGUGCUUUACGAUACUCGUAUCGGCGAAAUCGCAGAUUCCAAGCACGUCAUCUUGACUCCUACUUGGAGUUGCAACAUCCCCCUCAAUGCGAGCGAUUCGGAUUUUCAUGCAGAGAUGAAGGAUCCUCCGCAAAGUCAGCAGAAACCAACGGAGGCAAUUUUUGCUGUUUUACGUGGCGAAUUGGGAAACUUCAUUCGAAAUACCACAUUCCAUCUUGAUUUUAAUAACCCGACUCUAAAAUCUGCUGCCAAAAAUCACCAGCAUGAUUUUACUACAGAAGGCAGCGAACUCACCGAUCUAGAAAAGAUGGUUGAGGAAAAAUAUCUCAGAUUCUGUGAUCCAAAAAAUCCACUUCAUUUCACCACAAUUUGGACUACACGAAUGAGUCUUGCCAAAUGGCAUCUGGUAGAACACUGGCACUUUUCUGGCAAAAAUCACUCCUCAAAAGUGGGUUUAGUGCGCGAUGCCACUAUUGCCCAUGCCCUCAAUAUGCUUGAAUGCGAUACGAAAUUAAUGACAUCUCCUCUGGCGAAAGGCUUCAUGUGGAUGUCCAACAUGCAUUUCCCCUUCCCUGCAUACUUCCAAAUCGUACAGAAUUUCAAACGCAGACCGCUUUGUCAACAAGCAGAAAAAGCUUGGGAAACAAUGACCCAGAACUAUGAAGCGAGAUUCAAUUCCCUUCUUUACGACGAAAUACCCGGACCCUUUUUCCUAAUUUUUGCAAAAAUCAUUCUGCAGGCUUGGGAGGUGAGGGAGGUGGCUUUUAGAAGCAUGGGGGAGGAGAUUGCGGAACCGGGGAUUGUAAGUAGUAUUCGGCAGAGGAUGGCAGGUAUGACGCAGAUGGGGGAGGAAGGCGAGGGUCAGGUUGGAAAGAAAGGUGUGGAGGUGGAUGGUCAUGAUUUUUCUCGCGUGGCGCCCAUAUCUUUCUAUGGGCUGGGGGAGGAAUUGGGGUAUCCUGCAUCGGGAACAUCGGGAGCGGGGGCAUAUAUAGAUACCCCGGGAAUGGGGUUGAUUGAUGCGGAUAUCAGUACGUUGGAUUGGUCGGCAAUGGAUUGGGGUGCGGUGGAUAUGAACAUUUUGGCUGAACAGGCGGGAGGAAUUCCUUAUUAGGUGGAGCGGAGAUGUCCUCAUCUAUCGUGUAUGUAUAUAUUGUAUUUAUAGAUUUAUGAAGUCACAGACAGGUAGGAUAACUAAUAGUCUCCCCUCCCCCCAUUAGAUGAGAUGGGUAUACAAAAUAGCAAUAGAUACCUACCCCACACAAUCUCAACAACAGAUUCAAAUAUCGCACGGGAUAUCUAUCUA